UUUGUCAGACCAGCUCUCUCUUCUACAAUAAGAUGUUUUAUCUCCUUAACUUUCAUUCCAUUGCUUAAUUUUAUUUCUUAUUUGUAUGCACUUUUUACGUUUAUUUUACCUCCAGGUGUGUUGAAAUAUCUCCCUACAACAGCCAAUUGAUAGAGGACAGGAAUAACUAUGAAUUCAAGAUCAGCAGCCAGAGGAUUUCUAGCUUUCCUUCUAUCAUUACCAGCACUAAAGGGUCAAGACGGCUGGACGGUUACUUACACAUCUAUGGAUGUCUGCGCUUUGAGAAAAUCAACGGUUGACAUCAACUGCACCUUUAAAUUCCCGACAAAAUCAGGGAACCUCGCCGUGAAUUACACAACACUGUGGUAUACUAAAGACGAGAAACAUGAGCCAGCUAAUCUGAAAGAUGAUGAAGCCUAUAGAGAUCGUAUUGAAUACAUCUGUGAAGGGUUAAGUUGUGCCUCGUCCAGCUGUAAUGGAAUGUGUACCCUGAGAAUCAAAGAACUGAGAAAAAAAGACUCUGAAAACUACAAGUUCAGGUUCAUAAUAAACACAGAAAAGGGGAAAUAUAGUGGCGUCCCAGGAGUGACGUUAUCUGUGACAGACCAGGUGAAGGUGUCUUUUCCUUCCGCUACUGAUCCUACCUGGGCAAACAUGAAAUGUCACAGUACGUGUAGUCCUGUUGAUGGUUUUAAGUACAACUGGUUCAGGAAUGGACAGUAUGAAGAUCAGGGAAUGUACUACAAGGGCAACAUUAAUUCUCAAGACAACUAUUCAUGUGCUGUUGAAGGAUACAAACAACUCCGAUCUCCUUUAGUGUACGCUCCAAAGACCCCCUCAGUGACCGUGAGUCCCUCUGGUGAAAUAGUCAAAGGCAGCUCAGUGACUCUGAGCUGCAGCAGUGAUGCCAACCCAGCAGCUGACUUCACCUGGUUCAAGGAACAUGAUGACUCAGUGGGACAAUCAGGACAAAACUACACCAUCACUAAUAUCACAUCUGAGCUGGGAAGAAAAUAUUACUGCCAAGCUCAUAAUGCAAUUGGACAUCAUAAUUCCACCAUUUUGUUCAUUGAGUUUACAUCAUCAUCACAGACAACAGCAGUAGCAGUAGGAACCAUUGGUGUCUUACUGGCCACCAUACUCCUCCUAGUCUUCCUCUGGAUGAGAACAAAGAGGGCCUCCAGUACCAGUGGACAGGGAGGAAGGCCAGAUCCUAUGGAGCAGCCACUUCCUGAUCCGGUGUAUGACAACGUCUCAGCUCCUGCAGCACAGAGACGACCAAUAGAAGAUCAGGAUGACCUUCACUAUGCCAGCGUCCACAUCUCUCACUCAGAGAACCAGGAAGGUCCUCCCUAUUUAGCUGCCUCCCGUGUCCAAUCAGAUCAGACAGAGGAGGUUCUUUACUCAGCGGUCAACUUUAAAAGCCACAACGCUGUGCCCGAGUCCUGUGACCAGAGAGAGACUGGAGAAACCUCAGAGUUGUACAGCACUGUCAAGAAAACACCCAAGGGGGUUUGAUUGUUCCACUUGUAAUCACUGAUGGCUGCCAGUCAUAGGGCCUGUUGUUCAUGUGGGAGUCGCUCAGCUUCAUCGCUGCCAUCUGCUGGUUACCUUAAUGUACUGCACUUUUCACGGUCUUAAAAGACAAUUCUGGUCUUGGUGAACAAACCAUCGUACCCAUCACCUGUCUGUCCUAUAUCCUUCUAUAUAGAUAUUCGAAUUUCCCCCCCUGAUUAAUUAACCGGAACACUUAGUGAACCCAAAUGUAACCGCUUCAACUAAAGAGUGAUUUUUGGGUUAAUAUGCCUUUCAAUAGGAUAUGUGCUGUUAAAUUUGAAUUACAAUGCUGUACACGGCUCAUCUUCUAGUUCAUUAAAAGGCGAUAUUAACAUUUUAUUAAUUGUUGUUUUGAGUGGUGUGAUCCUGUGACGGAUCUUACGAUAAAUGAAUAAAUAAAUCUUAUU